AUGUAUGCUGUCUCGAUGCUCAGAAUCGAAAAAACUCAUAGAAAGAUACGAUCUAAUGUCACAAAAAAUGAAACUCAAGAUGUUAACUUCGUAGCAAAGGUUAACAAAUUUGACCCGUAAGCAUUCAAAAUCAGAUCAUUAAGGGAAAGCUUAAAAUAAAAAGGUAGUCUAGCACAUGAUACAAGUGAUAUAACCAAGGAUACACCUGACAAGUAUAAUAAUUCUAGUAUCAGGUAGUCAUUAGUGCUAUCGCCAACUCUCUUGGAUAUGAAACUUCAAACUAAAAAUUAAGAUUAAGCAUCAGACAAAGAAUCAGAAUACACAAUUACAUCUAUCAAGAGACUACCAACUUAGAAGGGAAAGAAUGUUAUUUAUUAAGAAAGUGAUGGGAGUAUAAUAGAUGAUGAUAACUCAUCUAAUUACACUCAGGUAAUCAUCAAAGAAAGAAACUAUAAUAGCUCAAAUAGCAAUAUCAGCAAUAAUAUCUAGCGAGGAGGCAGAUUAAACACUACUAAUUAUGCCAAGUCAAGAUUAGCACCAUAAAGUAUCAUGAGCAGUACAACUAUUAAAAAGAUUUUAACUGUUGAUUCUGAUCUGCAAUCAAAUACCUCCAUUGAAAGAAUUGACAGCUUCAGAUAAAAUUACAUCAACCAAAGAUCAAAUCUGACAAGUGGCAGACAGUAGACUAAUGAGUUGCAGUCUAAUGUUAGCUAUACAUAGAGCGGUGGAACUAUGAUAAAGCAUAUUAGUGGUUCUAAUAGCAAUAGCCAAAUAAACUCAAAAAAUGAACAAACCAAAGAAAUAUAUGACGGUAGAUCUUAUAUUCUGAGUGAACAAAUAGAUCAAAAUUGA